UUUUCAGUAUAUGCUUCUAAUUUUAACUAUUAUAGGAAGCCAAGAUGGCUUCUGGUAAAAGACACAAACACUGGUCUGACAGAGUUCAUGAAAGUGUUGUUUCAAGGAAUAAGAACGGACAAUUAAACUUGGUUAUAAAAGGAGGUGCAGAAGAAGUUAAAUUUCCUUUUUUUGGGACUGUAAAACAAGACAAAGUUAUUUAUCACAGCGGAAAAAUUCAAGAUGGUGAAGUCCUACUUGAAGUCAACGAUCAGUCCGUAGCAGGUCUUACGCUAUAUGAUCUCAACAACUUAAUUAAACAAGCCAAGGAUCCUGUCAGAUUUAAAACAGUGAAAGAAGGUCAAACUUUAACAAAAGAUCUCAAGUUGUAUUUGAGUGAAAGGUUUCCACUUGGAGCGGUUGAUCAUGAUUUACAAGCUGCAAUCAGAGAUAAUCUGUAUCUAAGGACACUUCCAUGUACUACACGACAGCCAAGAGAUGGAGAAGUAGAUGGUGUGGAUUAUACUUUUCUAAAUGUAGAACAAUUUCAAGAACUGGAAAAAUCAGGUUCACUUUUGGAGAGUGGACUUUAUGAAGGAAAUUAUUAUGGAACACCGAAGCCUCCUCCAGUUCCAUUAUCAUCUCCACCUCAUGGGUCACAAUCUCCAAAUUCACCUUCUAAUGAUAUUAUGCCUGGACAAAAGCCUUCAUCGGAAGGAAAGAGAAAAAGAAACAGAUCAAGCGUAGAAAUGCAGCCUCUUUCAGCGUCAAGCCCAAAUGGCAAAGGCUCAGUCAUAAACAGUCCCAGCUCUGAGAAAUCAAAUUCACAACCACAAACACAGGAUAAUCAAAUCAAUGAUACAGAAAAAUCUGCUAUAGAUUUGCCAGAACCAACUUUUUCAUCUCCCCCACCUCAUGAUGAGAGACAGCAUUCACUUGGUCCUUUACCUGAUGGAUGGGAAGAAGCAGCCACUGAAUCUGGAGACAAGUAUUAUAUUGAUCACAUUGGUCAGAAGACAUCAUGGCUAGAUCCGAGAUUAAAUUCUGCUGCUAGAAAACCUUUGGAACAAUGUGCUGAUGAUGAGUUACCACAUGGUUGGGAAAGAGUGGAAGAUGCUCAAUAUGGAGUAUAUUAUGUAGAUCAUGUUGAAAAGAAAACACAGUUCGAUAAUCCAGUGAUACAAGCGAAAGAAAGAUUGAAAAAUCAACUAAAUCGAUCGCAGGGAGAAAUCAUAAAUCAACUUCCUAAUUAUCAACCAGAAAAAUCACCUCAGCAGCUUCAUUUUACAAGUGACCCUUCAAAGUUGGAGGGUGAUUUAUACAAUGUACCGAUUGAGAAAGGAUCUCAAGGUUUUGGUUUUACGAUUGUCGGGGGAGAUGAACCAGAAGAAUACUUGCAAAUAAAAAGUGUUGUACCGGGAGGACCUGCCGACAGGACUGGAAAUAUUCAGCAAGGUGAUAUAAUUGUACAAGUAAAUGAUAUUUGUGUGUUGGGGUGGACUCAUCCUCAAGUUGUUCAACUAUUUCAAUCAUUUCCGAUCAACCACAUUGUAACUUUACAAGUCUGUAGGGGCUACCCACUUCCUUUUGACCCUGAUGACCCCAGUACAAGCAUUGUGACAACAACGGCAAUAAGACCCGAAGAUCGACCCAUGGAAGAAUUUGAACGACAAUUGAGAGAACUUAAUCAACAAUUGGAAUCUGUUCCUAAUUUUAAUUCACAACCUGGAGCAUAUUAUGCGUCCAAAUCAAUGCCUGAUAUUGCAGAUAACAAGAAUUAUGCUCCUCCUGGAUUUUUUCAUGAUGGUGGAUUCAAUGGGAUACCAACUGGUUCUCCAAACGAAAACCAUGUUAUGAGGACAGGGAGUGUCAAUUCACUUCAUGCUUCAACAUCACAAGUUAUUCAGAUUAUUCUGAAGAAAGGAGACAGAGGUUUUGGAUUCACUGUUACUGACAGUCCACAGGGACAAAGAGUAAAACAAAUUCUUGAUGAAGAAAGAUGCCAAAGCAUUAGGGAAGGUGACAUCAUGUUAGAAAUCAACGGAAUUGCAGUGCAAAACAUGCCACACAAUAAUGUCGUUGAAAUAUUGAAAGAUUGUCCGAAAAAUGCAGAAGCAAUUUUCAUCAUUCAAAGAAUUAGCCCGAACAAAAUCUACCCUCAACAAAUGGAAAUGUCUCCUCAGCAACAAACCCGAAUGUAUCAUCCAGCAUCGUAUGGGCAACAAGGAGCACCAUUCAGAAGGCCGCAUACUUUGGAUAUGCCAGCACAUGAAAAUGGAUCGGUAGUUUCUGCCCCACCCACAUCUGUCAAUGUAUAUCAUCCCAUGGGACCGUUGCUAUCCGAAUUUAAAGCAAAACACCAAGCAAUGACAUCUUCAAUGAACUACAUGGAGAAUGGAAUGAAUCACAACUAUGAACAUGGAGCUCCAAUGAACCAUAUGGGGAUGAUACACCCAGGUUCAAUGGAUAACUACAUUGAUAUAACAGUUGUGUUGCAAAGAUUAGAAUCUGGAUUUGGAUUCCGAAUACUUGGGGGAGACUACACUGAUGAAAAAGUUACAAUUGGUGCAAUAGUUGCAGGUGGUGCAGCUGAACAAGAAGGCUCAUUAAGGAUGGGAGAUGAAUUGUUAUCUGUUGAUGGUGAAAGUGUUGUUGGUAUUGGACAUAGUCAAGUUGUAUCGCUGAUGGGAAAUGCUGCUCGAAACGGAAUUGUUCAACUUUGUAUCAGAAGAAGAGUCGGCGGAGCACAAAUGCCAUCGCGAUCAAAUCUUGGAAGACAGCAGCAACAACAACAGCAGCAGAUGGGCAGUGCAGGUCAUCCCAGUAUGUCAUACUAUGAUGUUGUUAUUCAUAGAAGAAAACAUGAAGGUUUUGGAUUUGUCAUUAUAUCAUCUGUUGCAAAAGGUCCAGAAGCUGUUCCAGGAAAUCAUGUUCCACAUAAAAUAGGAAGAAUCAUAGAUGGCUCACCUGCUGCACGUUGUAAACAACUACACGUUGGGGAUCGUAUCUUAGCAGUUAACGGUGUUGAUAUUUUUGACUUACAUCAUGGACAAAUUGUUAAUUUAAUCAAAGAUUCUGGGAUGUCUAUCAUGCUCAGAGUAGCAUACAUUCCUAGUCAAGAAGACAGUGCUCGAAACAGUUGCUUCAUUGUGGACUUGCACAGAUCCAAGAAAGGUUUUGGUUUUGGAAUUCGAGGAGGUAGAGAAUAUAACAUGCCAUUAUAUGUACUCAGAAUGGCUGGUGAUGGUCCUGCUGCUCAAAGUGGAAAAAUACAAGUUGGUGACAUAUUGGUGCAAAUCAAUGGUCAUGACACAAAUGGAAUGCUACAUUCUGAAGCCAUCACAUGUAUAAAACAUGGUGGGUCUGUUGCAAGACUUACGAUACGAAAGGGUAAUGGUACUGUACCAGAAAUUGGCAAUGAUAAUGAAGGUGGGUCACCCCACUUACCUGCAUCUCAGUCUACAUGCUCGUGGUGAUAUCCUAAAACGAUAUAAAGGAAAACGGAGGAAGUAUGCAGUCUUUAACGACAGGCAGCAUGCUUUCAAGUUCAUCAGACAAUAAUCAAGAACGUUCCUACAAAAAGACGAGAAGUUCAUCUGCAGACCAACUUGUUACUUAUCAAGUUACACCUGGGAUUAAAGAAAAUCAUUCCACUCCUAUCAUCAUGGCACAUCGGAAAAGUGAAGGCAAUAUUGCACCGAACACUUCAAAACUCAAAAAUAAAUCUAGAGUUGGUCUCUGGCUUUCACCAAAAAAAUAAUCUAGAAUUGGCUAUCGCGACAUUGAACAUUUUUCACUCAGAUUCAAUUGUACACUAACCUGGCCUGUUCACAAUAUAAAAGAGCAAAUAAGUAUGUUAAUAUGCUGCUUAUAAUGGUGCUACUACUAUUCUUCAUAUCUCCCCGGGCAGAAAGUAUUUGAAUCAAAUAGAAAUGAUCAUUUCUUUUAUUCUUGGCGUCAAUCAAUUUCUGCCUGGGUAACUUUUAUUCUUUUACGAUUGUAAAUAUUUUGUGUCGACUUGUAUUAUAAUAUCUAUGUCAAUGUGCUCUCCAGUGUAGUUUUUUUUUAUUUUUUCUUGAUUAUUACUAUUAUUUUUCGUAAUGUUGUUAAUAAUUCGUUUUUCCGAGCAUCAUAUUUUAUAUUUUCUAUAUUAUUCCGUACAAUAAAUCCACUUUUCACGUCUUGUAAAAAUUAUUUUUUUGUUUGUUUAUAAUAUCAAGUGGUACUAAAGUAAUAAUUAGCGAACUGUUUACAAUUUUUUCUCUAUUAAGUUUUUACAAGCUUAAAUCGAGGGAGUUUGCAACUCCUUAUAUUGUCAAUGAAUUUAUCCUGUGUAUUGCCGCCCAACGAGCUUGAUGUACGUUACUAUAUAAUCAAACAUAUUUUAACACCUUACAAUCCGAUCAGACAUAUCAAGAUGUGAUAAAUUGAUGAUAGAUAGUAAUUUUUUUUUCUUUCAAGAUUAAGGAUAGAGUAUGUUAUCAUUUGGGAAGAUAGUGAUUUUUCAGUUUUUUUUUUAUCGGUGUAAUGUUCAUGGAUCCUUGUAGCCCACUAUUCCUGGGUUGAUAAGCAAAAAUGGAUAUUUUUUUACUUGUCCCAUGUGUGAAAACUCAGAAUUCAAUAAAAUAAAACAUAUCGUACCUAAAUGAUAAAAUUCAUUCAGUAAAAGUUAGAUUUUAUUGUUUCUCGAAGGCUGAAAAGUGUGUAAUAUUUUCAUACAGUUGCACUGUUACUCAAUACUUGUGUUAUAGAUAGACGUUUGGUCAUAGUUAUUUUCAGUGUUCAUCUUGUUGUGCACAUAGAUUUGAGACUUGAUCCAGUUCUAGUAUUCAGCUGUUGAAUAUUUGGAGAUACAAAUGAUGUAGUGUUGUUGUUUUUUAGAUUGAAAGUACCAAAAUUAAACUGAAUUUAUUUUUAUUUUUGAGGGCAGUCUCAUGAUUUGAGAGUAUCACACAAGUGUAUUUUAAAAAUCGCCCGUUGGUGCUAUUGACAAGUACCUUAAUUUUAAGGUUCAAGUACUAUCUAUUUUUUUACCAACAACUACCGGAAUUGGGAGUGGAUGUUUCAAACUAAAAUAUUGCUUUGUAUGGAUACAUAAUAUAUAUAUUAUGGAUGAUUUCUUUUUCUUAUCGCUAUAUUAUGUACGCCAUGAUAUCGUACGACUUUUCGACACUCUCAUCAAAUAUAUUAUUGCCAAGGUCACA